AGCCUCAUGCAAUUCUCGCUCACUCCACAAUCUUUUGAUACCCAGCCUUCCCUUGCGCCCCCAUCAAACAAACCAAACCCUAAUUUCCUCAUCUCAUUUCUCCGCCUUAAAGCCGCCGAAUCAGCCCCGUCCUCCGCCGCCGUUGAAUCAGUGUUGUUGUUGUUGUUGUUCUUCUGAAGUAGGUGUGGGGAUAUCAGUGUUAGUGUGUGAAUUCGGGUAUAUCGGGUUCAUUUCGGGUCUUUUCUGCUUCUUUUGACGGGGGUAGCCGGGGCUCCGGCCUCGGCGGGUUUUAAAACCCCCAUCCAUUACAACCUAUACACUCACCACCUAACCCUAACCCUAACCCUAAUCCUAUACAUACACAUUCUUUCAUUCUUUUUCUUAUUCUUCUUGUUUCACAAGAUGCCUGCACUCGCGUGUUGCGUAGACGCCGCCGUGGCGCCGCCGCCGUUCACUCCGAUGGACGUCACUUUUCCGGCGCCGGAGAAGCUCGAGAUUCCGGCGGAUUCGCAUUGGUCGCCGGCGAUGUCGUCUGCUCUCUACCGGAUUGACCGUUGGGGCGGGCCCUACUUCUCCGUGAAUUCCUCCGGGAAUGUUUCGAUUCACCCGCACGGAGCGAACACGAUGGCUCACCAGGAGAUUGAUUUGAUGAAGAUUGUGAAGAAGGCCUCGGACCCGAAAGACCAGGGCGGCCUCGGGUUGCAGCUCCCGAUUAUUAUUCGCUUGCCGGAUGUGUUGAAGAACAGGGUGGAGUCCCUGCAAUUGGCUUUUGAGCUUGCUAUUGAUUCCCAAGGCUACCCUAGUCAUUACCAGGGCGUUUAUCCUGUUAAAUGUAAUCAGGACAAGUUUGUUGUUGAUGAUAUUGUUAAAUUUGGGUCUGCUUUUCGCUUUGGUUUGGAAGCUGGCUCCAAACCCGAGCUUUUGUUGGCUAUGAGCGCUCUUUGCAAAGGAAGCCCCGACAGUUUUCUUGUUUGUAAUGGAUUUAAGGAUGCCGAGUAUAUUACUCUUGCUUUGAUUGGGAGGAAGCUCAAUUUCAAUACUGUGAUUGUGCUGGAAUUGGAGGAGGAGGUUGAUUUGGUCAUUGAUUUGAGCCGCAAGCUUGGCGUUAGACCGGUGAUUGGAAUGAGGGCUAAGUUGAGGACCAAGCAUCAGGGUCAUUUCGGAUCAACUUCUGGUGAAAAAGGUAAGUUUGGUCUUACCACUACUCAGAUAUUGCGUGUUGUUAAGAAAUUAGCUCAAUGUGGAAUGUUGGAUUGUUUGCAAUUGUUGCAUUUUCAUAUUGGUUCCCAAAUUCCCACGACUGCUUUGUUAGCUGAUGGGGUAGGGGAAGCUGCUCAGGUUUAUUGUGAAUUAGUCCGCCUUGGUGCACGUAUGGGGGUUUUUGAUAUCGGCGGGGGUUUGGGAAUUGAUUAUGAUGGUUCAAAGUCGCCGAAUUCAGAUGUUUCAGUUGGUUAUACUUUGGAGGAAUAUGCAGCUGCUGUUGUUAGGGCUAUUAGGUCUGUUUGUGACCGGAAGAUGGUUAAGCAUCCUGUGAUAUGCAGUGAAAGUGGGAGGGCCAUUGUCUCUCAUCAUUCAAUUCUGGUUUUUGAGGCUGUAUCUGCAAGUAAGAAUAGUGUGCCUCAGAUGACUUCUGGAGACCUCAACUACCUAAUUGAGAGGCUUCCCCAGGAUGCUAUUGUUGAUUACCAGAAGUUAUCCGCAGCUGCUGUGGGCGGUGAGUACGAAACAUGCUUGCACUAUUCUGAUCAACUGAAGCAGAAAUGUGUAGAACAGUUCAAGGACGGAUCUUUUGAUCUUGAACAGCUUGCUGCUGUUGAUGGAUUGUGUGAACUGGUAUACAAGGCAAUUGGGGCUUCGGAUCCAGUUAGGACGUAUCAUGUGAACUUGUCUGUUUUUACAUCCAUACCCGAUUUCUGGGGUAUUGGCCAGCUGUUUCCAAUCAUGCCAAUCCAUCGCCUCGAACAAAAGCCGGUGGUGAAGGGAAUAUUGUCUGACUUAACCUGUGACAGUGACGGGAAGAUUGAGAAGUUCAUCGGAGGUGAAGAGAGCUUGCCCCUUCACGAAUUAGAAGGAAGUGGCGAAGGAAGUUACUACCUAGGGAUGUUUCUUGGCGGUGCCUAUGAGGAGGCGCUGGGGAGUAUUCACAAUCUGUUUGGCGGGCCAAGUGUUGUUCGUGUCUCGCAGAGUGAUGGUCCUCACAGCUUUGCUGUGACAAGGGCGGUUCCUGGGCCUUCCUGUGCGGAUGUUCUGCGGGUGAUGCAGCAUGAGCCUGAAAUGAUGUUCGAGGAACUCAAGCACCGUGCUGAGGAGUAUGUUCUGGAUGAGGGUGGCCAUGGUUUGGACCAUGAUGCUACCGCAAAUGGGCUGGCAUGUUCUUUUCAUAACAUGCCUUAUCUUGUUAAUUCCUCUUGCAGCUUGACUGCUGCAAAUGGUAACAACGGCUACUAUUAUUCUGAUGUUGAUAACUACAGCACCGUCACGGAUUCUGAUGCAGCUGAGGAUGAGCAGUGGUCCUACUGCUGUGCUUGAGAUUUGUCGACAUCAGCAAACGAGAAGCAUCUCUUUCUGCUUGCUAGUUUGCCUUUCCAUUUUGUGCUUUUAGUUCUCUGUUUAUGUUCAUCGACAAUAAUGACAAUAAUAUGUAAGAUUAGACAAUGAUUUGCAUUCGCAAUGCAAAUAGACAAGUGGUCGGAUUACCCUAUGUUCGGUAUCCUCAUCUCACUUUUCUCUAGUAUUUCAUCUACCAAUGAUAACGUUUUUGUAGACUUUCUUUAGCUUAAACAACAUCUUUUCACA